UUGAAUGUCAAAAUUUAAGCACUCUAAAAAUUUUAAAUAUUUGAAAUUUUUUAUGAAGAUAUGCAACCAACAUUACACAUCUAAAUAUUUUAAUUAAGACCAGAAGAUGACUCUGCCCUACUCCCGUUUUAUGUCAUAUGUCAAACACAAACAUUUUUCCCACGCGCAAGGCCGGAUAGACGAAAGUCUAUCUUUUUAUCAAGGAGGCCGUGUGUUUUAUUAAUCUCUGAGUCAGGAAAACUUGUUCAAGUCCUAAUUUUCGCAAAAAUAAACAUGCCUCAAGAGUCUUCAGACAAUCCUCUAAUAGAGAAACGCACCCUCUAUGCUGGAACAAAACCCGUCUCUUUUAAAGAUGGAACGAAGGUCCAUUUUCACUUCCAAACACGUCUCUGUGACAAGGAAAAAACCCUCUUGGACGACUCCAAGAAAAUGGGUUCAGGAAAACCAUUUGAGUUGGUUUUGGGCAAAAAAUUCAAACUGGAAGUGUGGGAAGCGGUUAUACAAAAAAUGGCUUUGAAUGAAGUCGCUGUUUUCACUGUGAAAAAAGAUCUGGUUAUGCAAUAUCCUUUUGUUUCAAAGACUUUAAGAGACGUUAAUUUGCCCAGAGAGGCCAGGAAAAGUCACUGUUGUGCUAUGACGAUUCAGACUGAAGGGGUUGGUUAUGACGACUUGAACAACUUUUUAAAAGAUCCCUCAGAUUUGGAAUUCACAAUUGAAUUAGUCAAAGUUGAACAACCCGAGGAUUACGAAAAAGAAUCGUGGCAAAUGGACGAGGAGGAAAAACUAAAGAAAGUACCUGAAUUAAAAGAGCAAGGAAAUGCAGAAUUUAGGAAGAAAAAUUAUGAGGAAGCGUCAGAUUUUUAUGCUAAAGCCAUUGGGAUUAUUGAACAACUAAUGAUUAAGGAAAAACCGCACGAUGAAGAAUGGAACGAACUAGAUAAAAUGAAAGUUCCGAUUUUACUCAACUAUGCCCAAUGUAAGCUAAAUCAGGGUGAUUAUUAUGCUGUGAUUGAGCAUUGCACAACUGCUAUUAAAAGUGACCCAAGCAAUGUCAAGGCCUACUACAGGAGGGCUAAAGCCCACGUGGGGGCUUGGAACACCCGAGAGGCUUUUGACGAUUUCAGAAAAGUGUUAGAACUCGACCAGUCACUUACAACAACGGUAAAAAAAGAAAUGACCGCUUUGGAGGAACAAAUAAAAAAGAAAGAUAUGGAAGACAAACAGAAAUUGAAAAAUUUAUUCAAUUAAAAUGUCUAUUUUACAACUAAAUGUGAUAAUGUAAAUAAAAAAUAAAUA